AUGGUGAAAGGGUCACCAAUCCCCAUCCGUGCCAUGCCUGAGCUUUCCAACAUCACCUACACCGGAGGGAGCCAUGUGCUGUCGGUCCAUUGUCGAAGUUCUGUGAACUCAAACGGAGCACGCAGCGGCCUCAUCGAAGUUGAUAGCUUCAUCUCCAACUGGCGGCAACUGGACUGCCCCGUGCACGAGCAGGAUGGCGUUUAUUCGGCGACUUUCCAGCCAGACGAGCCAGGGGAGUGGAGUAUAGCUGUCAGGCAUAGUGGAGAGCUCAUACAGGGUGGACCGUUCACAUGUUUUGUCUUCGAUCCUAAUGGAGUCAAGCUGCUGGGCAUAGAAACCCCAGCCAUACCAGAGAGUAUCUUCAACUUCGACAUAGACGCUCGAGGCACUGGGGGUUUGGGUCAAAUAGUGGUUGACAUAGUCCAGGACAGGCACUCUCUACCCCACACCAUUGAGAGGAUAGGAGAUGCUCUCUACCAUGUCUCACUACACACACACAGACCCGGAAAAUACAGGAUAUAUGUGUAUUUCAACGGUAAUCCUGUCAAAGGAAGUCCAUUCCCGUUGAGAGUUGGAACCAGAGAGCAAAUCAAAGCAGAACGUCUGAGUGAGAAAUACAGCAGUGAUCGCCAUACUGAACGUGUCAUAUCCAACAACUUACCACAACUCAGUGACUCGAGUCACCUCGCCUCUGCUGGAUCGAGUCAGUUCGCCAGUGAACUUGACUCGAGUCAGCUCUCCAGUCAACUUGACUCGAGUCACCUCGCCGUUGCUCGACCGAGUCAACUCACCAGUCAACCUGACUCGAGUCAACUCGUCGAGUCCGCUCGGUUCGCUCUCCGCUCGCCGACCUAUCGUCACUCUCCAGUAAACGGGCAUUACAGGGUGUCGACAAUGUUGUCGAAUCUCAGUCAAAGGCGAGAUUCGUGGGAUGCACUUGUUAAAACACAAAACACUGUCAACGAAAUCGAUGCAGAAGUGAGUGGAGAUGCUCUCCAUCUCAUUCCAGUGCGUAGGUCUGCCUCUUUCUACAUCAAUUCUGACGCUCCUUAA